UAUAUUCAUCCUUUUUGGUAAUUCAUCUCUUUUGAGUUCCACAAUAUUGACCCACUUUUGUUUCGAAUAUACAUUAUACACCGUCCGAUUGCAAACGGUUGAUGAAUAGCCGUCAGAUCAAAAACGGAGGGACCAUCUAAAUUACCCAUUGUCCAGAAAAACCCUAAAAGGAGGGCUUAGGGCUGGUUCCUCUUUGCGCCAAUCUUCCUCUCUCUGUUUCUCUCUAGUUAGCGUUGCAGCCGAAGGUAAGCCAUGGUUAAGCAUAACAAUGUUGUGCCAAACGGCCAUUUUAGGAAGCAUUGGCAGAACUAUGUGAAAACUUGGUUCAAUCAGCCAGCAAGAAAGGCUAGAAGAAGAAUUGCCAGGCAAAAGAAGGCUGUAAAGACCUUUCCAAGGCCAACUGCUGGACCUCUUCGCCCUAUUGUCCAUGGCCAGACCUUGAAGUACAACAUGAAGUUGAGAGCUGGCAAGGGAUUCACUCUUGAAGAGCUUAAGGCUGCCGGUAUUUCGAAGAAACUUGCACCUACCAUCGGUAUUGCUGUUGAUCACCGACGUAAGAAUCGAUCUCUUGAAGGUCUUCAAGCCAAUGUUCAGAGGCUUAAGACUUAUAAGGCCAAACUUGUUGUCUUCCCAAGACGUGCUCGCAAGUUUAAGGCUGGUGAUUCUACUGCUGAGGAGCUUGCAACGGCAACCCAAGUCCAAGGACCAUACAUGCCUAUUUCUCGUGAGAAACCUUCUGUUGAGCUGGUGAAGGUCACAGAGGAGAUGAAGUCAUUCAAGGCCUAUAACAAGCUUCGAGUUGAACGUAUGAAUAAGCGCCAUAUUGGUGCCAGAUUGAAGAAGGCUGCUGACGCUGAGAAAGAAGACAAGAAGUAGGGUUGCUGUUUUGAGGACUGUGUUUUGCCAUUUGACUUGUUAGAAACAUUAAUUUUUUGUUCUCAUAUUAUCAGUUGAGUUAGAACAGCUUUAGAAAACUUUGGUAUUACGUUUGUAACCUGUUUUUUUGCAUUUUAUUAAAUUGGUAAGUUUCUUGCAAUUCCCUACCGUGGUAUUGGCAUUAUGAAAAUGUUGGUAAGUUGUAGAUC